UUUUUUAAUGAACUUUAUUGUUCAACUUUUUAUUCACGGUUCAUUGUCCGCUUUUUUAACAGUAUUUUAUAUUCCAGGUCUUAAUUUUCCGGUCAUAAAAUUCUGUAGUCGCCUUUUUCAGUUCCAACUUUUUAAGCUUGGAUAAAAGUUGUACAGCAGGUAGUUUGAAAAAAAAAAAGUUAGAGUCCUGACGCGUUUGUAGCACAGCAUCCUCGCUGAGUUGUCACGGCAACUGUCAUUUAACUUCAAAUCUGGGAUCAUAUGCACAUAGAAGAAUACAUUGAAGAAGAUGAGGAACCACCUUUGCUGUGCAGCACUUGUCCUUCUCAUGGUGUUCCGCUGUGGUGGGACUGCAGCAGUGCAGUGCUGGUGGGGGCAGGGGUGUGUGUGUCUGCAAUGCCCCGCAGGCGAGGAGCCCUCUAAGGCUUGUGGGCUAAUCCGAAGUCCAACAGAGGAAGUGCAGUGCCAAUUGUGCCAGACUGGAACCUUCUCAGAUGCAUUAGACACUAAACUGUGCCGUCCACAUGCCUCUUGCAAAGUCCUGGGCCGAAAGGUCACGACCAAUGGCACAGCUACGUUAGAUGCCAUCUGUGGCGACUGUCUGCCAGGAUUUCAAUCCACAAAUUCAGGGGACGUUUCCACCCAAAGUCCCUGUGUGACGACCUCUCAUGUCAGAACAGUUCGUACAGUGGGUAAAGGUCCCUCCGCUGGUGCAGGUGGACCAAGCAAUGGCACAGUGGUGCGCAGCCCCGAGGAGAAGACGGCAGAGUAUGCCGUUUUUGCUUUGGUGCCCGUCUUCUGUGUAAUGGGCCUGUUGGGGAUCCUCAUCUGCAACACCCUAAAAAAGAAGGGAUACAACUGCAUUACUGAGAAGGAAGGAGGGGAUGAAGAGACCGCAACACCACAGAAAGAAGGUAACAGUUGUCCCUACGACGUGAACGAAGACACCAUCGGUGUCCUGGUUCGCCUCAUCACUGAAAAGAAAGAAAAUGCUGCUGCACUGGAGGAACUGCUACUGGAGUACGAGAGCAAACAGAUGGCCAUGAAGAAAGGCUCCUCAAUCAAACUCUGCCCCCAUCAGUCCCACCUCCACACCAUCUCUGGCCUCUCCGGUCUGGCCCCCAGACACGGCUACCGCUGCUCCCGGUGUGCUCAGAGAAAAUGGCCCCCUGUUAUUAUACCUCCUCUGGAUUCCCUCAAAGAUCCGCUCAAGCCCCCGCAGUCCCUCUUCCUGCCCUGCUUGGACACAUCCACCAAACAGGAGAAGAGCCCCCUGCUGGAGGAAGUGUUUAUUGACACCCACCACACUCAAAUUGUUGUGCCAAAUACUGCACAGAAGGCCGAAGUGCAAGAGAAGAAGGAGGGAGAACUGACAGUGUUGUCUGUGGGGAGAUUUCAGGUUGCUCAGAUUCCGGAGCAGAAGCCUGUAGCCAUGGAAACCAAGACAUCAUCCCAAGAGCAGAGGAACUCCCUGUUUGGCGGGAAACAUUUCUCCUCUUCAUCAUCUGGCUUCAAGAGAUGAAGAGACAGAGAGAUGCUGUAUGAUGACACUACCUCGCUGAUGAUGACCUUGUCAUCUGCUGACGACUCCACUGCAGGGUUGGGGAGGGGGUUUAUGCACCUUACACCAAGAAACUUCAUUCUGGAUGAAAUUCGCCAGUCUUUUUUAAAUAAUAAGCAUAGCAUAAACAUAUUUAUUAUUUCAUGAAAACACAAUUGCAUGCGAAGAAAGACUUCUGCUUAGCUGAAAACAUUUAUCAGAAAGUGACACGAUGAGAAAUAAAUAUAAAUACAUUUCUGUAAUUGCAUUUCUAUAUACAAAUAGACCCAGUGGGAAAAACACAAGACACACAUAUACAGUAAUGGGAUGAAAACAAUCUCUCAUUCAUAGGUGUAUAUUUAAAAAAAGGAAAAGAAAAGAAAAGGAAGAUCAAGCUGUCUACAGCCAAGUGCUGUAUGAACUAAAGAGUGUUUUCAUUACAACAAAACAAACAAAUGUGGUUUGUUUGAAAUGAAAACCUGUUUGACCUUAGUUCAGAAGACACUUGUGAUAAUUGACGAUGUACCAAAGUAACACCACAGGAAGUAUUACAUAGAAAAAUUCAAUAUGACGUUGAUGUUUUUAAAUAUUCUUGCUUCUGCUCACAUAGAAACUGCAAGUGAGUGAUGGUGACUGUAACUCGUAACUCACUAUGUGUUCACUUGAACCCUAAUGAACGUGGGAGAGUUUGAAAACUGUACGUUUCCACAGUCGGCAUUUAUACCGCUUUUACUUUUAGAUCAGAUUCAGGUUUGUGAUCAUCAGGGGCCAGAUUUUGACAUUGGCUCACAGUACUGUACUGCACUGCAUCACGAUGCUUGAAGUAACACUGCAUCUCAAUGGUCUUUGAGUCAACAUGUACGUAAAUCUCUCUCUUUUUUUUGUAGAAUAGAACAUGUAAAUGAAUGUACAUAUGUAAAUAUGGGUGGGUAUUGAUAAAUGGACCACACCCCACACAGCUAAAAUGACAUUUUUCACUUUACUACUCCCACAUCAAACUCAUGUGGCACAAGUGUUUAUAGUUUCAUUAUAUAAACCAACCAGUGGCUGCACAGGAUUAGUGGUUCAGAUGCAUCAAAGUCUUGACUCUUUCUUUCUGCUUUUAGUUUACAUCCUCAUUGGUUUUUAAAUGGUGUACUUCAAUCACAGCUGUUCAUUUUCAUAUUAUUUUAUUACAUUGGUAUAAGAAAUGUGUGGAAAAAGGACU